AUACACUAUACAGAGCAUUCCCUAUAUAUUAUUAUACUCAUUGAUACACACAUUGAUACAGUUUCACUAGCCUGCUCUUUGGGGCUGGUUUUGUGUGCACUGUUUUCACUGUACAUCUGUGACUGUACACAAGUUUUAGCUAAAAGCAUUUUUCUACAUUGAAAUUUGAAAUAGGUAAUAAGAAAUCUUCAAAAUGGAUAAAAGCAAGGAAAAAGAGGAACAAAGUAUUAUGGAUAAAUCCAUGAGAUCCGUAUUUGUUGGUAAUAUACCCUAUGAAGCUACGGAAGAAAAGUUAAAAGAUAUAUUUAGUGAAGUAGGCCCUGUACUAUCAUUUAAAUUGGUUUUUGACCGAGAGACCGGAAAGCCAAAAGGUUAUGGAUUCUGUGAAUAUAAAGAUCAAGAAACGGCACUCAGUGCAAUGAGAAAUUUAAAUGGAUAUGAGAUUGGUGGUCGUUCACUUAGAGUUGAUAAUGCUUGUACUGAAAAAUCAAGAAUGGAGAUGCAAGCUUUAAUGCAAGGUCCACAGGUUGAGAAUCCUUAUGGAGAACCAGUUGAGCCCGAAAAGGCUCCUGAAGCUGUGAGUAAAGCUGUAGCCACCUUACCUCCAGAACAAAUGUUUGAACUGAUGAAACAAAUGAAACUUUGUAUUCAAAACAACCCAACUGAGGCAAGAAAUAUGUUAUUACAAAAUCCUCAAUUGGCAUAUGCACUCCUUCAAGCUCAAGUUAUCAUGAGAAUUGUGGAUCCUGCCACCGCAGUGAGCAUGUUGCAUCCAAGCAAUCCAGUGCCGCCACUUUUACAACUUGACAAACCUCCAACUGCCAACUACAAUCCACCACAACCUCAGCCGCCUCCACCGGUGAUUAAUACUCCUGUACCACCACCAAAUCAGUAUGUCCCGCGUCCGCCGGUCAAUCAGAUGUCGGCGGUGAACAUGGACGUCGACCUUCGCAACAGUCGUGGGCCCGCCAUGCUGGACCAGGAUAUGCGCAGCUUGCCUAUGCCACAUCCCGUGCCAGCGCCGGUGCAGCCACCCCAGGACUCGAUGUUCCCGCGCGAUCCACGUCUCACCGCGUUCAACCCAGACCCCAGGGUUAGACAGAGUGACCCAAGAACACAAAAAAUGCCGCCGCAACAACAACAACAAAUGCCACCGGGUAUGCCCAGCGCUGCCCAGGCUAGGACUAUACAGGGGAUACCUUCGGGUGCUUCGGAUCAAGAAAAGGCUGCCUUGAUAAUGCAAGUGCUUCAACUUUCGGACGAACAGAUAGCAUUACUGCCGCCUGAACAGCGCUCCAGCAUCCUGAUGCUCAAGGAACAAAUUGCCAAGAGCACUCAACAACGCUAACCCAUAAUUAUAUUUAUGUUUUACUAUUGAAUAAAUUAAUGAUAAGCUU